AUGAUCAAGUCCCAAUGGGAAGAGGUCCAGACUUCUUCAAGGGGCCCUGUGUCAGACUGGACUCGUCAUGUUGUGGCACACAUUGCUCUUUGGGCUGUCUCCUGCGCCAGCCAAAUCGUCCUAUACACUUCGGCUUUCUGGAGUCCAACAGCACCCAAGCUUCAUGCGAUCACGACCUCUGGCCCUCGAGACUCAAUCAUGUCCGACCUUCGCAGCAACCGGUUCUUGAUGAAAUCCAACCAGCCAUCGUCCCUUGCGGAUACGAUGCACUCGCCUACAUACUCUGCAGGAUCUUCUCAGUCUCUGAAGUCUUUCAGGGACUCUAUGCGCCAUGUUGUGCGUCCAGCAACUUCUCGAACUACACUCAUCGGCAGGACUUCACUCACGCGCGAUGCAAGCAUUCACUCUCAAGCUGAGUCAUUUGACCACGUUCCUCACUCUGAUGGGUUCGAUAGCUGGGACACAAGUAGCGUGAGCCUGCAGGCUCGUGAUGCAGUAAUGCAGUCUGUAUCAUCACGACGCACAGCCUUGGACCCCAUCCCUGGCAGCCGACCAACGACACCUGCCUAUUCCCUUGAGGGUCCUUUCAACUCGGAACUUGAGGAGGACGUUGAAGAGUUGGCCCCGCCACCAAGGAUGAUGCACGAUUAUUCACGACCAUCGAGCCCAGCAAACAGCGAAGCACAUAUUCAUCACGCUUUUCCGAUCGGAAAGUCCCAUUCCAGCACCAGAAGCUACGCCCGGCACCAACAUUCUUGCCAGCCCUUUCGCAACCCAAGCGAUUACAUGUCCGACAAGGUCUAUCAACCGCAUAAGAUCGAAUUCCCACUUGAGUCAGGCUCGCGAGCCCAAGACUCGUGGCAGACCAUCAAGCCCGCACGCAUCGUCGCGGACCCCCAGCCCCAUCAGCAGGGAACUCACACCUCCGAUCCCAGACUACGUUCUAAACUCCUCGCCGCGCAGUAG